AUGAAGCCGCCCGGCAGCCCGCCGCCGCCGCCGCCCCUGCCCGCCUUCCUGGUCGGGGCGCUGCUGCUGGUCCGCCUGCAGGGCUGGGGGGCCGCCGGUGAGUCCCGCCCGGGUCGGGUCGGGUCGGCGGGGGGAGGUCCUUUGCGCCGCGCCCCCGCCGGGCGCUGGGCCGGCUGCUCCCGAGGCGCGCCCGGACCCCGGCCGGAGCCUUCGGCGCGCUCUUGGCGCAGCGGACCGGCGCCCGCCCUUGCCCGGCGCCCGCGGACGCGCUUCAGGCACGGCAGACGGGCGUCUCUCGGGGGCUCCCCGCCGAAGGCGCCGCUGCAGCAAAUGCCGCUGGCAGGCGCUCAAGGGGGCGGCGGCGUGCCGUGCCGCGAAGCCGGGUCCCGGGGGCAGUUGCGGCCGGGCCGGGCCGGAGCAGGAGAGCCGAAUCGGGUCCGGGAGCCCCUCGAGGCCGGCCAGAUUCCCAGGGGAGCCGCUUUGAAGCCCCGAGAGACUCUCCGAAGCGGAUCCCCUGGAAAUCUGCCCGGCCUCUCGAGGGGCUCCCGGACCCGAAGCCGGCUCGACAAUGUGAAGUGUUACGUUACAGAAUGUGAAGCGUUAUGUUACAGAAAUGGCCAGUUGCUUUGUAAAUUCAUGGCAAGUUUUCUGUCUUCUCUAGCUCUGCAUUGGAAUGAAACCGCAGGAAACCUAGAAACGAGGCUGGCGGAUGAAGACGCUGCAUCCCAUCCAUCUAACAGGAGUAGCAGUCAAAAUAGCAGUCACAGCAGUGCAUUCCAGAAAGAAAUCACUUUGCCUUCAAGACUUGUCUAUUAUCUGAACAGAGACUCUGAAAGCCCGUAUCAUAUUCUGGACACUCGGACAAGGUACCAGCAAAAACACAAUAAGGCUGUGCAUCUGGCUCAGGCAAGUUUCCAGAUUGAGGCCUUUGGCUCCACGUUUAUUCUUGACCUCUCAUUGAAUAAUGAUUUAUUAUCCUCUGAUUAUGUGGAGAUUUAUUAUGAAGAUGGAAAACCACAGUAUUCAAAGGGUGGAGAGCACUGUUACUACCAUGGGAAUAUCAGAGAUACCAAAAACUCCAAAGCUGCGCUUUCUACAUGUAAUGGACUCCAUGGCAUGUUUGAAGAUAGUACUUACAUAUACUUCAUAGAACCUAUGGAAUUGACUCACAGCACCAGAAGCAUGGGUAGGCCACAUGUCAUCCAGAGAACUAUAGCAACAAAUGCCUCCGAGCAGUUGGAAGACCUUGAUACUGACUCCACUUCUGAAUGGCCCUUCCUGUCUGAGUUACAGUGGCUAAGAAGGAGAAGAAGGGAUGUACCGCAUGGCAUAUUUGAAGAAAUGAAAUAUUUGGAACUCAUGAUUGUAAAUGAUCACAAAAUGUUCAAAAAACAUCGAUCAUCCCAUGCUUACAUUAACAACUUUGCCAAGUCUGUGGUAAAUCUUGUAGAUGCUAUUUACAAGGAGCAACUGAACACUAGAGUGGUUUUGGUUGCUGUUGAAACUUGGUCAGACAGAGAUCGUAUCAGUGUGCACCCUGACCCAAGGCAGAUGCUUCAUGAUUUCUCCAAAUAUCGCCAGCAGUACAUCAAGCAGCCUGCUGAUGCAGUUCACCUUCUCUCGAAUGUGACAUUUCAUUACAAGCGGAGUAGCCUGAGUUAUUUUGGAGGAAUUUGUUCUGGGACACGAGGUGUUGGCGUAAAUGAGUAUGGUCUUCCCUGGGCAAUGGCACAGGAACUAUCCCAAAGUCUGGCUCAGAAUUUAGGAAUACAGUGGGAGCCGGGAGCCAGAAAACCAAAAUGUGACUGCACAGAAUCCUGGGGCGGAUGUAUCAUGGAGGAAACAGGUGUCUACCACCCCAGAAAAUUCUCCAAGUGCAGCAUUGCAGAAUACAGGGAAUUUUUAUCCAGAGGGGGAGGUUCCUGUCUUUUCAACAGGCCAACGAAGUUGUUCGAUACCACUGAGUGUGGGAAUGGGUACGUGGAACCGGGAGAAGACUGUGACUGUGGAUUCCAAACGGAUUGCCACGGAGAUUGCUGUAAGAAAUGCUCGCUUUCUAAUGGAGCCCAUUGCAGUGAUGGCCCAUGUUGUAACGAAACCUGCCUUUUUUUUCCACGAGGCUUUGAAUGUCGCAACGCAGUGAAUGAGUGUGACAUUAGAGAGAUCUGCACUGGAGACUCUGGCCAGUGCCCACCAAAUCUUCAUAAGCAAGAUGGAUUUGCUUGUGAUUCAAAUCAGGGACGAUGCUACAGCGGGGAGUGCAAAUCAAGAGAUAAUCAAUGCAAAUACAUUUGGGGAACAAAGGCUUCAGGGUCUCAUAAACACUGUUAUGAGAAGCUUAAUACAGAAGGUACAAUAAAAGGAAACUGUGGAAAGGAUGGAGAUAAAUGGAUUCCAUGCAACAAACAUGAUGUGUUCUGCGGGUUAUUGCUUUGUGCAAAUCUUGAUGGAGUUCCACGAAUUGGUCACCUUCAGGGAGAAAUUACACCAACUUCUUUUUUCCAUCAAGGUGUAGUAGUAAACUGCAGCGGUUCUCAUGUACUUCUAGAUGAUGAUACAGAUUUAGGAUAUGUAGAAGAUGGUGUUCCAUGUGGUCCUUAUAUGAUGUGCAUGGACAGAAAGUGCCUGUCCAUUCAGUCUCUGAACAUAAGCAGUUGCCCUCUUGGUUCUGAUGGAAAAGUGUGUUCAGGGCACGGGAUAUGCAGUAACGAAGCUACAUGCAUUUGUAAUAAUACCUGGGCGGGCACGGAUUGCAGCAUGCGGGAUCGUAGAAAAGAAGAAGACUCAGAAAAACCAAAUGGACCAAAGGAAAUGUCAAAAAGAGAAGAUACGAUCCAAGUCAACAGGGUAUCUAAGGAACUUGCUGACAGCUUUCUGUGCAUUCCUGGAUUUUGGUUCUGGAAGCAUUUGUAGUAACUGUAUAGGAAAUUACAUCACUGCAAAAGAGAAGUAAGAGAAAAACCACACACUGAGAUAAUUGUAAAAGGGCUGAAGGAAAACUGUCCUUCUGGAGUUUUGUGUUCAGGUCUGGACUUCCCUCCAAUUCUCUCUUUGGUUCUAAGGUGUUAAAGAGAGAUGAAAGACAAAUGUUACAAAAUGAACUAUUUUGAUCUAUUUUUUUUAAACAAAGAAUGGAGCAAACCAACCAAGUGCAAUAAGAGAAACUGUUUGAAAAUAUUCAAAUAGCUGAAGAGCUUCUUAACUGGUAACUUGAGUUCGCAUGAUAUUUUUCACAUUAAUGACAGACUCUAGUGGCAUGAUAAGCUAAUUUGUGAAAUGGUAAACUGCAUGGCAUAUAUACAGCAAACAAGCUAGCAAGCUGGCCCCAAGCAAAAUCUGCAUACAAGACGACAGAAAAAAGAAAGCCUAGGACAGCUGGUUCUGGGUUCUUGCAAAAACCGCCUUCUACCAGUGUGAGACGCGCUGCUCUCUGAGCUCUGACAGCUGUAUUCUUCAUGAAUCUUGUUUUAUUUGGGGGCAAACCUCUUUGAGGUGUGGCAGAUCAUGCCAUGGCAAUGUAUAAUUUUAAAUACUAAAAAUAAGAGAUGUUUGUCCUAUCAUUCUCAGAUAUAUAGAUUUUCUUAAAGGUUUUGUUCUCUAUGAAAAAUCUCUUGUUUGGGUUUAUAAAGCACUUUUUAAAAAAAACAACUUCCCUUUUAAUUCCUCAGCCCCCGCAGGUUAUACAAGCAGGGGUUCUAGGCUUGCUCUUAAAAGGCAUAUGUUGCAUGCAGGUACAGGGAGUUCCAGAGAAGAGAGGCGUGCUUUUUAAAUUUGUAUGCUUGAAACCAAAAAAAACCCCAUCCCAAACCUAUUAAUGUGUGUAAAUGCAUCUGUAUGCAAUGAGUUUUCCUCUUUCCAAAUGCAUUAUUUGCUGUCAUGCAGAUAUGUUGUAUAUAUUGUAAGUUGACACCCUUUCAGAUUAAUCACAGAAGUGCCAAGCUUAUAACUUUUGAUUUUACCAUCUAUUUUCCUUUCACUAUCUCGCAUCAUAUGAAAGGAAAAGAAGCCUAAAUAAGCCUUAAAAUAUCCAUUUAACACUGAGAGCUUUUAAUAGGUUAAGGCUUUCCGGCGUGUUGUUUUAUAUUCCCCUUCAUCACUCCACCUUUUUCUGUUACAGGCGAACGUGUAAAAAUUACCCCAAUAGCCACCUCUCUCUUAGUUUGUGUAGUAUAUUUCAAAGCACAGCCUUGAAUGUUUCUUCCUUGACUACUUGUGAUGGUUACUGUCAGGGCCCAGUUCUGUUCCGAUAGCACGGCUUCAGACGUCAGUGGGCUUCAGCAUAAAAUUAAUGAUUCCUCCUCCUCAAACACUUUCUGCCCUAGUUAGGCACUCGCUGUCCAGUGUCCCUGGGAAGGACCACAGUGGUGCAGUCUGAGCGCCAGAGUGACUUGGCUUUUGAGUGAAGUGUGCCCGUGCCGGGGCAGUCUUGUCGGUGCUGUGCACUGCUGAUGGCCAAGGACUCUGUGGGAUCACCCACAGUAAGGGCUGGCCAGCACUGAGCUUUCCUGCUAUCUCCCCCCCCACAGCACCCCCGAGGCCUUCCAAGCUGAGGUUGGAAGUUGUGGUCCCUGUGCAGACAAAACGGCACAUAACUCAAGGAGCUGCAUUGAGGAGGGCAAGCCAGGUGAAAUCACCCCACCUUGCUGUCACAAAAGGAUGCUGUAAACGACAAAAAGCAUCGACAGUUCUCCCUCCUCACUGCAGUGUCCCAGCCCACAGGGCUCUUGCUGACUUCUAGUAUCGUUCAACUUUUUGGAAAGGGAUGGAAAGACCUGCAGGUGCCCUUGCCUUCGGGCUUCGUUGUAUCCAGCACAGUCACCCUGCAUCUCGGAAGCCAUGGCGUUACAAAAAAAGUUAUCUAUUGUACUUCCUUCCUUCUGUUGUACUUGGCUAGCACGAAGUUCAAUCACAGCUGAAGCUCCAUAGUUGCAGCCCUGGGCUCGUUCAUGUCAAAAAACUAUUUCUUGGUUACAAUUGGGGUUUUAUUUGUACUCCAAAGAGCCAUGCAGUUCAGAGCUUUUGGUUUCUAGGAUAAAUCAGCAAAUCCUGUUGAUGUUAUUUUUAGUAUGUAUAAUAGUUUAUUGUUUUAGGAUAAUUUUUCUACUGCAUAAUUCAGAACUAUCCUUAAUAUUACCAACCACGACCAUUUAAAAGGUAUCUGUUGAUUAUGUUUUAAGGCUUAACUGUAGAAGUUAAAGAUAAUACAAUAUCUAUCAGUUCUUCUUUUCUCAUUCUGUUGGUUUAUUAUAUUCCCAGUGUUCAUUAUCAUAUUAGUCUUUUCCAUGGCAGUUGUCCUAUAGUGUUGUGAGCAAGAUGCAGGUAUUUAGCUGAUGAGCGUCUUUCACAAUCGCCAUACAUUAUUGUGAGCACAUUAUGAUGAAAAGAUGAAAUGGAAGUCCGGCUGCAUUUACUAGAAUAUAUGUAGACCAUAGAUAUUAAGCUGUCACAACAAAUGCUAAAUUUGUAUGAGCAGCUGUCCAUUUUGGUCCUGGGAGCAAAACUGGAUCAGAGCUACAUAUUUUGAUGUACUUCUUUUUAGGUUCCAUUAUUUACAAUAUGAUACAGACAAGUAAAACUAUUUUGCUUAAUGCCCCUUUGAACUUGAGUGCAUUUGGUAUAAUAAUCUCAAAAUAGGUGCUAAGGUCUCCUUUUUGGUUCUGUUCUGGGAGCAAUGUGGUAACCACAGUCAACAAUGCCAUUCAAUAUGGUUACAAAAAUCAGUUUGUACUUUAAAAAUUGAAUUACUUCACAAAAACAUUGUAAAUGUGCGAUGUGAUGUUUUUAAUCAGACCACACUGGUCCCCGAUUAUGUACAUAUGGUAAGUGUUGGUGUAACUUUUUGUUACACUAGCAGUUUCAUAAGAAAUAUAGUUUCUUGUCUGAAUUUCUCCUCUGCUCUUCUGUUGUGUAUGUGUGUGUGUUUAAAAUACACAAACUUAAUGUAUAGAAUGUAAAUGAUCACGCAACCACAUAACUCACAGAAGUGGAUUAUAAUUUUUCUGUGGUACUAAGGUUACAUAAACAAACCUGUUGAGGGUAGAUAUUUAUUUUACAGGCCUUCAUUUACCACACUUUGUAGAGUACAUAUGCUACUUAUAUUACCCUUUUUACCAUAACAGUUGUCAUUUGUUGUGUCUGAUGGAAUAAAUGUUAAGUUUUCAUUUCACCAUUGAUACUUUUGCUCCAUUAAAAAGGAUUUAUCUAGACAGGAAAAUGUAUGGAAAUUUUAUAUAGCUUAUGUUGAUAUGCUGCAUGAUCCCACUGAAUUGAGUAAAUUCCCCACUAAGGGGAAACCUCCACUACGCAAAUUUAGAAAAAUAUAUAUUCUAGGUGCAUGUUGAAAAAUAAAUUUACAUAGAACUGGAGUUUUACAAAGUUUUCUUUACUAUGCAAUGAUGAGUAUUGCACAAAAGUUAAAAUUCAAAGACAAAUGUCUGAGGAACUUUACAAAAUAAUACUUGAAUUUACUUUUGAUCUAAAAAGCUGUCAAUCAUUUUAUAUUCAUUAUUGCUUCCACUAUUAAUCUUCCUUUUAAAUUGUUUGUAAUUAUUUUUUAAGUGCGCAGUAUGACAUAAAACAAGUUUUUGUUUGAAUUUAAUACUCAUCCAUAUCUUGUUGGCUGCUGAUGAAUGGAGACUCAAUUGCCAUUGUUCUGCAUCUUAGUAAAUGAGUAUUAAAGACUUCAUGAACAUGGAAA